GGUCCUGCAGCCUCAGGCGGCCUUGUUGCCCAACAGGCGGUUGGGGGCGGGCCACAGCCGCUGAUUAAAGGCUGCCUGGAGCAGCCUGUGCGGAGACAGGUGCCCAGCAGCCCAGGAAGCCGGCCAGCGCCUGCCGCAGCUUUAGGCAUUGCUGUCCCUGUGAGAACAUCACGAUGUCUGAGGUGCCCCGGGCAGAGACCUUUGUCUUCCUGGACCUGGAAGCCACUGGGCUCCCCAGUGUGGACCCCGAGAUUGCUGAGAUAUCCCUGUUUGCUGUCCACCGCUCCUCUCUGGAGAACCCAGAGCGUGAUGAGUUCGGCAUCCCUGUGCUGCCCCGGGUCCUGGACAAGCUCACGCUGUGUAUGAGCCCGGAGCGCCCCUUCACCGCCAAGGCCAGUGAGAUAACUGGCCUGAGCAGCGAGGGCCUGGCGCGGUGCGGGAAGGCCGGCUUCGACAGCGCCGUGGUACGGACGCUGCAGGCCUUCCUGAGCCGCCAGGAGAGCCCCAUCUGCCUCGUGGCCCACAACGGCUUUGAUUACGACUUCCCCCUGCUGUGCACGGAGCUGCGGCGCCUGGGCGCCCGCCUGCCCCGGGACACCGUCUGCCUGGACACACUGCCUGCGCUGCGGGGCCUGGACCACGCUCACAGCCACGGCACGCGGGCCCAGAGCUGCAAGGGUUACAGCCUGGGCAGCCUCUUCCGACGCUACUUCCAGGAAGAGCCGAAAGCAGCCCACUCAGCUGAGGGCGACGUACACACCCUGCUCAUGGUCUUCCUGCACCGCGCUGCUGAGCUGCUUGCCUGGGCCGAUGAGCAGGCCUGCAGCUGGGCCCACGUGGAGCCCAUGUACACACCACCUGAUGGUGCAUGCCUCGAGGCCUGAGUGCCAGGGCCUCCGUGAUGCCACAACCCAGCGGGAUGAGGCCUGGUCCCUGCACCAUGGGCAGUGCCAGCCUUGACGGUUCAGCCGGGCUCUGAGGCCUGGAGCUGUCACUGGAUGAGUGCUUCACUACCCCUGCAGCUGCCAGGCUUCCCCCUGGCCCUGGCCUCACUGGCCUGGCAGCCCUAGAACUUUCUGCCAGCCCCAGUCCCAGCCCCAGCCCCAGCCCCAGCCUCAGCCUCAGCCUCGGCGGGCUCCCACCCCUCACUCUGUCUCUCAAUAAACAGCACCAGCACCAGCCCCUGUGGGACCCUGAGCCACCUACUUCCCCUCCUGGAGCCUCUGUCUCUGCUUCACAAAGUGGUGACAGGCUGAAGUGAUAUGAUAGGUAGGCAGAGCAGCACGGUGCCUGGCACGCUCUGGGUGCUGGAGAAUAAGGGGGCACCCCUGGCUGCACACAGGCACAUACAUGAAAAGGACCUUAAAUGUGCAAGUCAAGCGCAGAGGGACCACUGGAGCGCAUGGGGUGACAGAGACGACGCCCAGAGGCAGGCUGGACUUUAGAGCUGACCUGAGGCACGUAGGAGAGGUGAGGUGGCCGGCACAGUGAGGGUGACACCUAGGAAGAAGUCCCUCCUGGGCCGUGUCCCUUGUGGUGCAGCCAGAGGAGGUCCAGGAGGCUGCUCCGCAGGGAGGGCAGCUUCUUGGCAGCCACCUCAGAUGGCGUUCGGGAGCCGACUAAGCUGCCUCUGGGGCCCCACCCAUGUCACCAAACAAGGGGACAAGUCAGGGGCAGGAUGUCCGGGAGACAGAACAGGUGAGAAGGGUAGGGUGGGUGGGGUGGCCAUGCCUGAGAGUCACUUGCAUGAUCAGAGCCUUGAGCCAGCCGGGCCCGUUCUGGGAACCCUAAGUAGGUCAGAGUGACCAGAGCCAUUGCAAUGUGCAAGGUGGCAGAAUGGUGAGGCCAGAACACAGGCAGUAGUGACCUCAGGCUGUCCUCAUUGCCCAGGCUGGCGGGCCUGGACUGACCCUGAAGGCAAUGGGGAGCCACAGACGGUUGUAAACGGGAGGGGCACAAUCUGAUUGCUCUUUUUACUGUAGCUGUCAGGCUGCUGUGUGGAGAAGGGACUAGAGCAGGCCUGGAAGGGGAGGGCAGCAACCGAGGGAGAGAGGAGCGCAGGCAUUGGGGCUCUUUGGGAGGGAGAGCUACCAGCCUGGCCAAGGACAGAAUGGCAGGAGUAGGGGAGGGUGCAACAUAGGGGAAAGACCGGCAGGGGUCUAGUUUGGGAAUGUGAUCCAUGCACUGCUGAGCUUCCUGAGGAUGGCUAGUUGGCUCCCUGCCCCGGGAGGGGACCCACCUGGGAGAGUGCCACAAGGCCAGGCCAGGGCGGGCCUUCAGUCCAGGAGCAUGCUUCAGGCAGGAGCUGAAAGAAUGGGGGGCACCAUGAAGAUUGAGGCAGCCAGGGCUCCUCAGAUCCCCAGCGCCCUGGCAGGGCUGGGUCCCCUUUAUCUGGGUGGCCAGGCUCCAGGUCACCAAUUGCUGAGUGGGUAAUGCCAAGAGGAUCCCUUCUCCCUUGGCACGCAAGCUAGGAGGGGCUCAACUCCGGGCCUGGGUAAGCAGGUCGACAGCCUGGCCUGUGGCUGCUGCCACGCCCCAGAGUGGUCUCUGGUUUCUGGGCCCUCUCACCUUUCGCAGGCCCACAUGCAGCUCCCUCAGCACUCCGUGCUCUCCUGGCCUCCCGGGAGCCUGGCCUCAGGCCCCCUGCCUGAGCCCGAGCUCAGACUGGCCAGUCCAAGCUUCCCACCUUGCACACCGCACAGGCAGGCUGAGGCCUGCCCCCUGCUGCCUGGAAGCAGUGAUGUGCUGGGAAACGGGUGGGCACUCCUAGGGACUUCUAGGGAAGUCCGUGUGGGCCUACAUGUGUGUGUCUAUUUCUCUCUCUCUCUUUACGCACACACAUACAUGUUUAUUAUAAAGGUUACUGAUAGAAAGGAUGUGAGCACAUGCUUUACAAAUAAUGAAAUCUACAAUAUAUACAAAAUAUACAAUACACUUAUAAGUUUCACAUGGCUAGUUUAUUCUUGAAAAGUCCCUCCGUUGACUUCUGCUGAACUCUUGUAUCCGUACCCUGCCAUGCUUGCAACUAAUGGACGAGUGUGGUUCCCACACAAAUGCUAGUUAAUAUUUUCAUGUAUCCUAAUGAGUAAAACAAAAGUGAAACCACAGAGAUGCAUGUUGGAACCUCACAUGUUCAUUGGUGACGCGAGCAACUCCUUUGCUGAGCUGGAUAAUAGUUUUUUAUACUGGAAAAGUAUUUGCUUUUUUUUUUUCUAUUCACAAUGUAAUGACUACAGACUCAAGUCUACACAGGCAAACUUUAACAGAUCAAGCCCUGGUUCAUAGUGUCUGCUGAAGUAAGAUGUGAUGACUUUUGAGUAUCUCUUUUGUCUCUAAUUUCUUUAAGUGGAAGUUUACUAUUUAUUUAUUUACGCUGAGGAAGAUUCGCCCUGAGC